CGUUUUAAACAUAACAGUUUUUUUCAAGUAAAACUUUAGUACAAAAAUUUACACUGUAUGAUUUAUAAUGGGACAACAUCUCUCAGAACCUGCAACAACAAAGGAAACAUCUGUCAUCUCUAACUCUCAUUUCCAAUGUGCUUCAUCGUCAAUGCAAGGCUGGAGAAUUAACAUGGAGGAUGCUCAUACAAAUAUUCUUUCAAUGAAAGAGGAUAAAGAUGCUGCUUUUUUUGCUGUUUUCGAUGGACAUGGAGGAUCACAUGCAGCUGCCUAUUGUGGAGAACAUCUUCAUAAAUAUAUAUUAGGAACUGAAGAUUACAAGUUAGGAGAUUAUGUGAAUGCACUAAAAAGAGGUUUUCUCCAAUGUGAUAGUGAAAUGCAAUUAGAUCCUAGAAUAGAAACAUCUGGUGCUGCUGCUGUGUGUGUUCUAAUCAAAAAUAAAACAAUAUAUUGUGCUAAUUGUGGUGAUUCACGAGCUAUUGCAUCAGUUGGUGGUAUUGCACAAGAACUUUCACAUGAUCAUAAACCUAAUGAUGAAGAAGAAGCAAAAAGAAUAAUUGCAGCAGGUGGCUGGGUGGAGUUUAACAGAGUAAAUGGAAACCUUGCUUUAUCCAGAGCUAUGGGUGAUUUUGUGUUUAAAAGAAAUUCAAAAUUAUCUCCUGAGGAGCAAAUAGUGACUGCCUAUCCUGAUGUGAUUGUGGAAGAAAUAGCUCUAGAUCAUGAAUUUAUUGUUUUAGCGUGUGAUGGAAUUUGGGAUGUAAUGACAAGACAAGAAGUCGUUGAUUUUGUUCGAGUUCGCUUAGCAAAUCGUGAAUCUCCUGAACGUAUAGUAGAAAAAUUGCUUGAUCACUGUCUCGCUCCUGACUGUCAAAUGGGAGGAAUAGGCUGUGAUAAUAUGACUGUUAUACUUGUUUGCAUCCUAAACGAGCGGUCUUUAGAUUUGUUAGCUGAGAAAUGUUCCCGACCUCCUAAGGUUUAUGCACUGGACUCUGAUCAAGCUUUUCAAAUAAAAAAAGAUAACGAUAGCGGAGAUAAAGAACAUGGCGGAGACAAUGUAUUAACUAUAAACGAAGUCUUAGCGUAAAUUUUAUGGAAUUUAGAUUAUUCAAUAAUGAAUAUAGUUUUUUUUUUUAGUUCCUAUUAAUUUAUAUUAGAUAUUAUUUUAAUGUGUCUCUACUUAAAGUAGUAGAACUGAAGAACCUUGAUUGAACCCAUUAGACUUCUCAAAAUAAAAUUUUAUUAGCCAUAUAAAGUUCUGGUGGAAAAUUUUUACUUUUUAACCAUUUUUUUUUUAAUUUAGCGUUUUGAUUUAACUUUUUGUAUACAUAGUUCUUUUUUUAAUAUUUUAUCAAUUCUCACGUUUUUAAAAAAAAUUGUUCUUUUAAUUUUGAAUGUUUAAGUUUUUUAUACUGUAAUAUUUUAUGUGAUAUUUUUGCACAUGUUUUUUAUGUGAUUUAAAACGUGAACAUGUAAAAACUUAUUGAUAAGCAUUUUACGACAAAAAUAAACAGAAAAAGUACUGAAAAA